GACCCGGAUCGGAACUUUAACUCCUGGGUUGACUAGUUUUCAUCAGAAAGAUCGAGGGCUCCUGAAAUAUGGUGUGAUACCGAUUCAAACAUGAGUGUGCAUAUGUCCAUGAAGGAUACCCCACCUUGGAUGUGAGUUCGUCCGCAUACCGAGAGGUGUUCAUAUUUAUUCACCAAACCGACCAGCGGAGGAGGAUUCGACCGUCUCGGGUGGUUUCUGGUCUUCACCCGGCUUUUGACCCUCUACCGGCGGCAACAUGACGUGCCGUGACCGGACCCUCGAAUUCCAGUCAGCCUGCAAAUCUCUUCAGGGCAGACAGAAUGGUGUCCAGCCCAGUAAACCGGCUCAUGGUGCCCUCAGGCAGCGCAGCGACUUCACAGUUAUGGCCAAGAGAAUUGGAAAAGACUUGAGUAACACAUUUGCCAAACUGGAAAAACUCACAAUUUUGGCAAAAAGAAAAUCCCUAUUUGACGACAAGGCCGUGGAGAUCGAGGAACUAACAUACAUCAUUAAACAAGACAUCAACAGUCUAAACAAACAGAUAGCACAGCUGCAGGACUUGGUGAGGUCUCGUGGGGCUCCAGGUGGUCGACACAUCCAAACCCACUCAAACACUAUAGUGGUGUCAUUACAGUCCAAACUGGCCUCGAUGUCCAAUGACUUUAAAUCAGUCCUGGAAGUCCGAACAGAGAACCUGAAGCAGCAGCGCAGCAGAAGAGAGCAGUUCUCCCAGCCUCCUGCGUCGUCCUCUCCUCUCAUGGCCAACAACUUCAGGAGCCGCAAAAAAGGGGCCCAGGAGCCGCAUGCAGCUCGCGAGCCACGCAAUGACUACCAGGGCUAUACAACCGCAAAUUUAAAAGAGAGCUCGGUCCUGAUGCAGGAUGAGUCCCGGAGCAUGGGGGAUAUUGCCAUCGAUAUGGACUCUCAGACCAAUCCCUUGCAACUCCAACUUAUUGAUGAGCAGGACUCAUACAUCCAGAGCCGUGCAGACACCAUGCAGAACAUUGAGAGCACCAUCGUAGAGCUGGGAUCUAUAUUCCAACAGCUGGCACACAUGGUCAAGGAGCAAGAAGAGACCAUCCAGAGGAUCGACGCUAACGUGGAGGACACCCAGCUGAACGUGGAGGCCGCCCACACAGAGAUCCUCAAGUACUUCCAGUCAGUCUCCUCCAACCGCUGGCUGAUGAUUAAGAUAUUUCUGGUCCUCGUCGUCUUCUUCAUCAUCUUUGUCGUCUUCUUCGCGUAAAGAAAAGAGGAGCGGCUGAGAGGUGGAGGAAAAGCACAUCAGAUAAGAGCAAGUAAAGCUAAAGCUGGAUUGAGACGAUGCGUCCUGAUGAAGUAUUUGGAGGACAGACUUCACUAUCACGGUUUUGAUGGAGGCUUGGGACAAUUACAGACUUUCCGGUUAUUCCCAUGCCACAGACUCUUGAUGUUAUUCCACAGUUCAGUGAAGAAUGAGGAUCUUGAACUGUGUCCAAAUAAAACAAAUAUAUUGUCUAAAAAUCCCCACUUUGUAUAGAGAGAGAGAAAGCAGCAGAACUGCUCUGUAUUCUACUUUGACCAACUAUUCAUAGCAUUUAAUCAAAAUGGCUAUAAUUUAAUGGUUUGAUUCUACAAACUGUCUUAUAAUUUAGAAGCUUUUUUUCUUUACCCCCUUUAACACAUUUCAUUCUCUCUAAAUAUUUCAAGGCCAAACAAUAGAACUGAAGUUUAUCCUCAAGAUCUUUUGCUUCUAGUUUACCUACUUUUUAUUGAAAGAGCAUGACUGUGUCUCAUUUACGAGUAAUUCUUAGCCAAUCACCCUUCAAUUACCAUGUGAAAUAUCUUUUUUAUCCGGUUACUUUCUGUUCUGCUUUUGAGGUUUAUUUGCCAAAUGGGUACUUAUAUUGAACUGUGACAUGUUACGAAGACACUCGCUGUGAUCCUAAAGGCACAACAAGGCAGUCGCAGCCAGCUGAAGGGAAGAUUUCAGUGUAGCUGAGGCACAAGCUGCGUUUUUAAAUAAAACUGCCUGGUCGCCAGCUGUCAGGCAGGUUGAGUGGUUGGAAAAGUUUAAACCUCACUCAUUCACUGACGCAGAAAGGAUCAGUGCUUAUGAAGGGGUGAUGUUGGCUGUGAAGGCCCACUAAUGAAGUGACUCAAUCAGCCGGAUUCCCUGGAAGUGUCUGGUUGGAUGUCUGUGCUCCCCUUCUUUAUCUAAUGUACAGGAUGUUAUUUAAAUGACCACAGCUUUUUAAGAAGAAAGAAGACAUUGCUCCUAUUUUCCCCCUUUUUUUUAGCCAAAUGCCUUGACUUCAGUGUAUAAAGUGCAAAUAGUUAUAAUGAUGUAUUGAUAAGGAAGUGCACAGUAAUAAAAUAAUAUUGGGUUGCUGGUA